AUGAUUUCGUUACUUAUUUUUUGCUGCAUCUCCGCCACAGUUUUCGCUGAUGACGACCAUUUCAGAUCUUCCUACUUCAUAAAUGCGGAAAAUAGGCGCUUAGCAGCACAAAUGGCCAAGAGAGUUUAUUUCGAUAGUGUUUUGUCUUGUAGUCAUGCAUGUCUUAAAAAUCCCUGGUGUUUCUCCUCAAAUUUUAAGUUCGGGACAGGUGGCGAAGGAGUAUGUGAGUUGAUUAAAUAUCACUCAAACUCAGCUGACAAUAACAACAAGAUCAUUCAUCAGCCAGGCAACACAUUUACAAUGAUUCCUAAGGUGAGUUAAUGCAGCAUUUUAUUGGCGCAGUACUAUGCAAGAAAUUCUUUAAAAAUUGAGCAUUUUUCAGUGGGCGUAUCUCACUAAAGGGAAAGGAAAACAGUUAGAUUUACAAGUCGUCAAUAAUUUGUUAUACAAUUCAAAGAUAAAUUAAAGCUUGUGCAAAAGUUUAAUUUACCGCUUGGGUUAAUGAAAUUUGUUACGAAAACCGUCAGUUUUCACCGCCUUUUCGAUGCCGUUCUUCUUCGUCUCAAGAGCUCGUUAAUUACCGGACGAAAACGUAUUCAGGCCACUGAUUUGUUCAGGAAUAAUUGCAAUUAAAUUUUAACCCUGGCAAUGUUUUGUUGAAGAUAAAAAUUGUUUUUGCAAAUCUGGAAAUACUGGAAAGGUAUAAUCAAGUUUUAAAACACGAUCUCCCUGACCAUGAAUUGUAACUAUCGCUCGGGCGACUGGCUUUUACCGCAACGAGUUUUGCCAAAUCAAAGAUUGAAGUGACUCAGUCUCCCGAGUAGUUGUUUAUUAACGCCAGAAACUUUGAUUAUUAUCAUUAUGCUGAAUGGCUGCAGCGUAUUUCUAACACUUAAAGUUAAAUUAAAACAGAUUAAAACUGUGAGAAUUUCUUGGCAUAUUUACUCCCUGCUUGACGUUAGUAGACAAUUUCUUAGAAUUAACACAAGAUUAAACAAUAUCUUCUCUGAAAAGGAUUCAAGAAGGCGAGAAAAUGAUUUACUUAAUCAUGAUAUUCUUCUGAUUUUAAUAAAACGGGUCUUACUGAUAGGGUUGUCUGAUGACUGGAUGCCUAAAUGGAGGUUCGUGUUUGUUAGACAAGAAAAAGGAAAGGUUUGCAUGCUCUUGUAAACCGCCAUGGGGUGGACAAAGAUGCGAAGUGAAAUUGGGUGAGCCUUUACCUAGUUUUUGUGCAAAUUGAUUUCUGUUUAUUUAUUUUAUGAAAGUAUUGAUGUACUUACUCUAAGCGUUUCAGCUGAUUUCAUUUCUAAUAUUUAUUCUCGAGCUCCCGGGUCGAGCCGUUGGAGGCGCUUCCUUAUAUCGCCUUGAAUAUGGAACGUAAUUGCAACAUCCUCCUGCCACUUUAAGAAAUCAAAAUAUGUCUGCACAAUAAGCAAGGUGGGGUUGUUUCUCUCCCUUAUUCUUCUCUUGGCCAAAUUUUCUCCUUAGCAUUCAAAGAAAAUCUUGCUAAGAGGUCUGUUUCUUACAAAUAACCAUAUUUUUGUGGCUCAGAAUCGUGUAGCGCCUUCUCUUCUUCCCUUAGAUACGGGAUAUUUAUAUUCGCUCGUGUAGACUGAACGGAAGUAGAAACGUUCUUGUUUUGUGGAGGAACCUAACAGUCUUUGAUGAAGUUAUGAAUAUAUGAAAAACAUAUAUGUCAACUGCGGAGCGAAGAAUUAUAUCAAUAAAGAUCAUAGCAGUUAUAUAAGCAACUUUUGCAGUUGCGAAAAGAAAGCAUGAAACCAAUACCGAAAGCGAUACCGGUGCAGCGCUAUUAAGCUAACAAGCCAAUGGGAGCAGAUAGUUGAAUUGGUUCGUUAUUAAGCCCGUGAAAGGAUGAUGACGAAGUUAUAAAUAUAUGAAAAACAUACAUGUGAACUGCUGAGUGAAGAAUUAUAUGAAUGAAGAUCAUCGCAGUUAUAUAGGCAGUCUUUAACGGUCGGCAUGGUUUAGGUCUUAAAAUCCAACUAAAGAUAACCACUAUUAAGUGUUCUGCGACAACCGUGCGAUUCAUUAACGGACCAGGCUGCAGGAUUUGUUAGACUUGUGGUUGCUUCUCACACCCCUGUAUUACGCAACCAGUAAAGGUAGCUGCUAAAGUUAUCUUUCCUUUCGCCUCCUGUAAGGAAAUUCGGAUUAUCGUCUGAAAUAUCAGUCGUUUCCUUCCAACGAGUUAUGGGGAGGAGACCACUGACAUUUCAUACUAUCCGGAUUACGGAACUGGAAAAUUUUUGCUUGUGGAUUCCGGAAUCCGGGAAUUUUAUGAUUGUGGAAUCCGGAAUCCUAUGCUUUGGAACCCGGAAUUCAGCUCAAUCCAUAACUUCCACAAACAAUGAGUCCGGAAAAUCAAGAGCUCAUAGCGUGGAAUCCAGAAUCCAAGACUGUCUUGGAUCACUUUACAUGGGGCAAUUUCGUUAAUAUUUCUUGGUUUUUGUCGCAUAGGAUGUCCAGCUAGCUGGUCUACACAUGGUGACUCAUGUUAUUACCUAAAAGGUACAGAACACCAGAUCCAGAGCACCGCGCGCAAGGCAUGUCAGACAAUGGGUGGAGACCUUGUGAUAAUUAAAUCAGCCGUUCAAGACCAAUUCGUAUUUGAACUGAUAAGAAACAGUGAUUUAGUCUCACCAUCUGGUGUGUGGCUUGGGUUAGAGAGAGUUAGUGUUAACGCAACCAAGUUCCAUUGGAUUGAAGGCACUCCACUGGAAGGGAAGUACGAAAACUGGGCCGAAGGGGAACCGAACAACUCUGACGGUAAAGAGGAAUGCGUCCAUAUGCAUGGAAAGUUGGUAAACAGUACGAGAUCAGGAAAGUGGAAUGACUUCCCCUGUGGAUGCUUUAAUAAUCUUGUAGCAUGCCCCGUUAUUCUUUGCCAGAGGCCUCUCCCAUGA